CUUUUCCUUGCUGCAUAGCAUUGUGUCUUUUUCAAGGGGAGGGUGUUAUAUUUGAUGCACAUUGCACCUUGUUUCUAUAACUUUGUGCAUAUUAUGAGUCCUCAAAUAUAUUCGUUGACUACAGCCUUGGGUGGUUAAUCCUUAGCUUUGGCCUUGGAUUUGUCUACAGUCCACACCACUUAACCCGCCAAACAUAAUGUACAGUACAUGUACAGGUAGCUUGUAGGGGGAAUAUACAUGUAGGAAUCAGCGUGAUGUUGGUUGGUCAAGCCGUCUGUUGCAAAAUAUGGCCUUGCAAACUCCUCCUCCAGUUUUGAAGCAAUUUGAAUGAAACUUAGGGUAAAUUAUAAAAUUGAGGUAAAGAUGUUGAAAACUUGCUUUUUGUGUUUUCGGGCUAUGCAUUGCCAUGGUAAUCACAAUUUUACCAAAACCCUUGCAAAGCAGAUUACUUCCACAGUAUUUAAGCAAUUCAUUUCAAAUUCGGUAUGUGUGAUGAUCUAAAGGUGUAGUUAUGCAAGACAAUCUUUGUCUGUGUACGGACAAAGCAUUGCCAUGGUAACCACAUGUGAAAAUCUUGUGAAGUGAAUAACUUCCACAUGCAAGUUUGAAGCAAUUGAAAUUUAAUUGGGUAGGCUAUUAUGGCAUUCAUGUAAAGAAGGGGAAAACAUUUUUUUUGGGGGGGAGGGGGGUAUCAGACAAUGCUUUGUCAUGGCAACUACAAUUUUACCAAAAUAUUGCAGAUCAUGUAACUUUCACAGCUUUUGAGCAAUUUGGGUCAUGUUCAGUAUUAUUGUGCAGAUCGAGGCUCUACAGGUAAACUUGUGCAAAAUCUCCAUUGUGUUUGAUAUGCCCAAAGCAUUUUCAUUAUACCAAAGAGAGCACCAUUUUUAAGAGGGUGAAACAUUCUUUCUCGAGCACAUGUAUACUACAUGUGCUCAGAAAGAAUAUUAUGCCUUAGAAAGAAAUUUAUAACCCAAACAUUUUUUGAGGAGUUCAUCGAUGUUCCACAUCUGAAGUUAAUUUGUAAUUAAAUUUAUGGCAGAUGUCGAUAGGUCUUAUUUUCAAAUAGAUAUCAGGCAGUGUUAAAUUCCUUUCGACAAAAUGAAGGGGACCUAAAGGUACGCACAUAUAAUAAGUGUAUGCCUAUUUUGAUUUUGAAGCUGACUGGUUUGAAUCUUACUCCAAUUUCUAAGUAAAUGUAUUACCAAGUUUAAAGCAAAAUUAAUGAUUCUUUUGCGCUUCCCUUGAAGAAAUUCCCAUUGCUUGGUCACAUCGGAUGGUGCAUUGAAGGUAUUGCAUUGUGCAUAUUUUCUGAUUAGCUGCUUAGCUUUAGGACCCUGGCCAUAAAAUAAUGUCUUCGGCACCCUUCAGGGCAGAUUCAUAUAUGAGUGUUUUUUCAUUUCUUAAUUAUUGGUUCACCAAGAAAAAAAUAAAAUUAUGUAUAGUCUUAAAACAAUUAUAUUUCAGUUAGCUUCCUGUUUUCAGUUAGCUUACUGUAAUCACUUUUUCAAACUAAGGCUGGUAAAUCCUAAGACGAGUAGAAAUCUAAUCUACUGAAGAUGUACAAUGUAAUUUCAUGCAUAUUUCUCCAGUGAAUUGAACUAAUCUUUUUUUUCUCUCUCUCCUUUUUUCUUUCCUGCAGUUUCUCAUGGACGAUUUAUGCAGUGUCCCAACUGACAAAUGCAGACGGAUUAUGUGCAAUUCAUUCAUCUAUGUACAUUUGUAAGCUGUGCACUUAUUCAACGGAUUCGUUAAAGCAGUUUUCAGAUCACUUUAAAGUACAUAGGAACGUAGCAAAUUUUGACUUUCCUUGUGGAGUCCCAGGCUGCUGUCGCACAUUCAGGCAUUAUUCAUCUUUCAAAGCCCAUGUAUAUAGAGACCAUCAACAUCUUUCCAGGAAGCACGCAGUUCAGCAUGUACAUAUUACCUUGUAUUGUCCACUUUGUGCUGUGAAGUUUACAGAAAUCUCUGACGUUCUUUCUCAUCUUAAAGGCCAUAUUUCUAGUGGAGUUGCGGUACCAUGCCCUUUUGCACAUUGCCAAAAACAGUUUUCUGUGAAAUCUUCUUUUUCGUCACAUAUUUCGAGACAACAUAGUAAGCGCCAAGUUGAGUUUUUGUCAGAAUCGGUUUUGCGAGAAAAAUAUAAAGCUCUUACUGAAUCAAACCCUGCUGAGGAGGAUGAUCAAGAAUUUCCAGAUGAAGAAAUCUUGCAUUGCACUGAUGAUGUAAAGGUAGAUGAUACUGAAGAGGAUGUAUUUGUAACUAAUGAUGUAUUCAAAGAAAACUUAGCACUAUUUUACUUGAAAUUGGAAGCCAAAUUCUUGUUACCUAGUUCUACAAUUCAAGAAAUUGUUAAUUCAUUUCAAGAAAUACAUUCUCUGAGUAACAGCAAUUUGCUGCAGGAAUUAAGACAGAGACUGAAGGCAUUAGAUAUUCCUGAGCAUGAGCUCACUGAUCUGCUGACUGUAUUUACAACGGAAGAUUUGCUGAAUCCUACCAACUGUAGCUAUUUCAGAUCAGAUUGCACAAGGACAUCAUACUUCAAAUCGAAGUUUAACUAUGUUCAUCCUCUGGAAAUUUACUUGGGCGUGGACCAAUGUGGUCGGCAACGGUAUUGCCAGUAUGUUCCAAUACGAGAAACCCUGUUAGCCUUGUUCAAACAAAACUCUUUCAUUCAGAAUUACAACAAAACUCAUCGUGAUCAUCCUGUAAGAAAGACAGUUCUAGAAGAUGUUUAUGAUGGUCAGACUUUCUUAAAAGGUGAUAGUAGUAAGGAUGACACAGCGGUCACACUCAUUCUGUAUCAAGAUUCUUUUGAAGUGGUAAAUCCUCUAGGCUCGGGGAGAAAAAAGCACAAGAUGUUAGCUGUCUAUGCAACACUUGCUGAUAUACAGCCCCACAAUAGAUCAAAUAUUGAUCAUAUGCAAUUGGUGUUGCUCUGCAGAGAACAAGACUAUAAGGAAUUCGGAGCGAGUGCUGUCUUUGGUCGUCUUGUUGUGAUCUUCAGCUGCUAGAAGAUAAUGGUAUUGUACUAGAUGACAACACAUGCGUCAAAGGUACACUUCUCGCUAUUGCAGGAGACAACCUUGGGUCACAUAACUUAGGAGGAUUUACUGAGAACUUUAGCACAAGUCACUUCUUUUGCCGCUAUUGCGUUCUUCCAAGGAACUCCUUUAUAGUGGAUCCGGUUACAACAGGUGGUAUCAGAACAAAGGAACAAUACCAACAAGCUGUACAAGCUACAGAUACUGAAGAAAGUGAAAGAUGCGGUGUCAAGUUUGAUUCCAUUUUCAAUAAACUGUCAACCUUUCACGUCUGCAAACCUGGAUUGCCACCAUGUUUAGGUCAUGAUUUAUUUGAAGGAAUCGUCUCUGUUGACUUGUCAUUGUUCCUCAGUGAUCUCAUACGAGUGAAGAAGUAUUUCACUUAUGCACAGUUGAACAGGUUAAUAACUCGAUUCACUUAUCUUAGUAGUGACAUCAACAACAAACCCUGUACAGUCAAUGAGAGUGGAAAAAAACUUGGAGGACAUGCAGUCCAGAACUGGUGCUUGUUAAGACUGCUUCCCCUAAUAGUUGGCAACAGAAUAAAGAAUCCCGUAGAUGAUGAGGUAUGGCAGCUUUGUUUGACACUUAGGGAAAUAGUUGAACUAAUUUGUGCGCCAACAAUAUCAACAAAUCAGAUAGCACAUCUGAAGAUACUUAUUGAAGGCUAUCUCAGUGAUGUAUGCGACAAAUUUCCAAGUUACUCUCUUAGACCAAAGCAUCACUUCAUCCUCCAUUAUCCUUGGCUAAUUACACAGUUUGGACCUUUGAUACGACUGUGGACAUUAAGAUUUGAGAGUAAACAUACCUUCUUUAAGCAAUGCUGUGGGAAACUUAAGAAUUUCAAGAACUUGUGCAAGACGCUAGCACACAAACAUCAACUGUUGCAGGCCUACUUGGGUGCAUGUUUUUUGUUUCCCCCUACCUUGAUAGUAGAGAAGAGCUUGCCUUUCACGCCAAAUGUGUAUUGUGAGAAGAUAAAGACUUGUAUUUCAAAGUGUAGUUUCUAUGGCCAGCAUGUUGAAGUUGCACACAAAGUAAUAUUUAAGGGCACAAUCUACAAGAAAGGUUUGUUUGUUGUUCUCGAUCGACAUGGAGACAAUCUUAGUUUGGGACGAAUUGAAUUUGCAUUGAUUCACUCGGAUUUGCCGUACUUUGUGACACAGGUGUACAACGCAGCAUUUCUUAUAGACAUUGGAGUGUAUUGUCUUGAGGAUAAUGACGAUGACCAAGAAUUCAGAUGUGUUGGUGUAGACAAGCUGCUUGAUUUCUACCCAUUGCCAGUGUACAAAGUUUUUGGAUGCUCCCUCAUACCUUUACAUCAUGCUGUUGUAGACGACGGAUCGUAAAGUAACAGGUCUUUGUAGCAAACUCUUGUGUCAGGAUUUGGCAUUGACCUAUGUAGUACAGUUUACAUGUACAUAAUAUUUGACAGGUAGCAAAUGUACAUAUUGGUGCUCAUCAGGUACAUAUAUUAUGAUGGAAGAAAUCAAGGAGGUUAUUCAGUCUGUGCUUCCGACAAUAGUAGAGCUGCAGUUGGACACUCUUGUUGAGAGACUACUCGCUAAGGGAGUAGAGGAGAAGGAUGAUCUCCAAUUUGUGGAGGAAGAGGACAUUACAGAUCUUGUCAAGCCAAUCCAGUGUCGCAAGCUUCUUAAUGCCUGGAAACUUGUGACAACUCCUGAAAUCGUUCAUGACACUGCAGAGACAGUUGGUGUGGCAUCAAAACCUACAUGUAUCCAGGAUCCAAGGGAGGAAAAGCAGAAAAUGACAUCACCUAGUCAUGGGAAACCAACAUCAAACUGGCCUGAAAAAAUGGAUAUCAAAGGACUAGAAAUUCCAAAGAACGUUUCAAGUAAAUUGGAGGGUGGUGUGCGUCUCGGACAUUCUGAAAGAUGCUCUGCUGUCAGGGUAAUCGUGGCAAAGAUGCAAAACUAUGAAAAAAACCCAAUACGACAACAGUGCGAUGUAGUAGCUAGAAGAGUGGUGAAGCAAUGGCCAGGCAGUUUCUGUGAUAUGAAUGAUGAUGAUAGCAAACUUGGAUCCGGUCAUUUUUCAUUGUUGACCAAAAUCAAGUGGAGAGUAGAACAUGUUAAUAGAAACAAUACAUUAAAUCGCCAUCGUGCCAGUAGAAAGCAAAAGGAAGCAACAAAUAAAUUGUUGAAAACGACAGACACAUAUGGCUGUAUUAACUGGCAGCCUGUGCUGCCUGCAGGUGAAAGUGUUGAAUCCCUCAUGGAAAAAAGAGAAACAUUGAAAAGCAUAUUUUCAGAAAAAGGACCAGAAUCACCACCAGCAAUUGUUGACUCUUUAAUGACUAUUACAUACUACCUACAAAGAAAGGUAAUUAAUGGACCCCCGCAGCUGGUUAGUCAAAUCAAAGAACAAUGGCCCUACCUCUUUGUUCCGAAUUUGUUCACCAAGCAUUUCACAACUCUAACUGGUGUUGACAUUGCCUCUACCCUUCUGAAGGCAUUCCAAGAGAAAGGACAAACAAUUCUUCGUUUCCUAGUGCAGGAAAAAUGGGAAGAUGCGAACCAUGCCCGUCCUCUCGUGGAAGCUGCGGCUGCAAAAGAUGAUGCAAACCUGCAUGAUGUAGCAUCUGGUGUGCUGAGAGGGUUGCAGAGCCUGUUUAAAGAAGGGAAUGACUCCCUUUUCCUCAUCCAUGAUGUUACGGAUACUGCUGAGGACAUGGAGAAAGAGGGAGAUGCAUCUGAUUCACCCAAACUCAUAAUCCAAGGAGAUCCAUUUGACUCGGCCAAGUCCCAGUGGAUGGUCAUGGUUGAAAGCAGAGUUAUUGGCCAUUCAUCAUCAACAACUGAAGGCUUUCUUUGUGGGGUGGCAUACCUUUUUGCCACCUAUUACAACCUCAAUUUGGAGUUCAUUCAGAGAUGUCUCCUCGGAAUAAGCCCUGAUGGGUCGAAGUGCCAUGCGUCGAAGAGUCACUGCAACGCGAAAGUAGUGUCAUUUGUGCGUCGGUUUGCUGAUUUCCAGUGGCUUUAAUUUCCUGAUUUGUACAUUUUACCCCAUCAUCUAAAAACAUGUGAUUUUAUGUAUGACCCAAUAAUACUAUGUUCGCUUGGUCACCAUCCUCUUGAAUAAUUGGUUGAGCUUUGUCUGACCAAGCAACUACAGAGUUUAUGCCCAAUAUUGCAUAACAUGAGAAACUUGCUGAAAUAGAUUGUCGACAUGCUAGUUAUGAGAGAACAUUAAUUUGAAUAUGCUAUUAAGUUGACAUUGCCCACAACUUUAUUUUAGCUGUUUCUCAAAUCCAGGUCAAGUAAGAGUGGGGGAGGGGUAAAAUUCAUAUAGAAAUUGUAAAUGUAAAGGGGUUUCAUACUUGGAAAAAUAAAGUUAAGAAUAUCUCCUUACAACCGAAUUUGAACCAUACAAAAACAUAGAUAUAUGGCACUACACACUGUUUGUAUGCCUCCGCCCACCAAAGGUGGUGUCGGAGGCAUUAUGUUUUCGUGUUGUCCGUCGUUCCGUCUGUCCCACUUUCGUUCUCGCGAUAACUUAAAAACCGGUCAACAGGUCAACUUCAUACUUUUUGACUUGAGGAUACAUAUCUGGGCGACAAUGAGCUGAUAAGUGUUUGGGUCCAAAGGUCAAAGGUCAUAGAAUUCACUAAAAUACAUAAGAAAUAGACCAUUCUUACAAUAACUCCAAAACCCUUUGAUAGAUCAACUUCAAACUUGUCUCGUGUGUAUAUGUUAAAGUAACAAUGAUCUGUUCAGAUUUUGGGGUCUCAAGGUCAAAAGUCAAGGUCAUUGAAUACAAUAAAGUACAUAUAACAUAUACCGUUCUCGCAAUAACUCCAAACCAUUUGACGAAUCAACUUCAAACUUCGCUCAUUUGUGCAUAUACAAGUGACAAUGAUCUAUUAAGAUUUUGGGUCUGAAAGUCAAAUCUCAAGCUCUCUGGAUUCAAUCAAAUGCAUAUAUUUGCUUUUUUGAGAAACAGUUAUCUGACUAGAUUUUGAAGUCACAAGAUCAAAGGUUUUUUUUUUCUUUAUGGAAAUAAAAACUAGGAAAUAUAUUUCUGGUAUGGCAGUAGCGGAGGCAUCUAUUUCCAACAUUCGUGGUCGAAAAUUCAUCUUUAGUUAGGAUUAACAUUGCUGUAAAUCAAUUUCGAUUUCAACAUUGUGCUACAUUAUACAGUGCGUCCCAGAAAAA